CCACAAACAUAAAGCACAUACAACAGCCACCAAACGUCUCAAACAUUCCUUUUUCUUCUUUUAAAACCACUUGUUCAUAAAGCUGCUUAUUUUCCUUUUCAGAAAGAAAAAAAAACUCCAUUUCUCCUUUGCUUCUUCCUCCUUCUUCAUCCAUGGAUACUGUUCAAUGGCCUCAGGAGAUAAUGGUGAAGCCAAUGGAAGAGAUAAUACAAAACACAAAUGGCUCAUCAAAACCUAAUUCAUGUGUAGAAAGAAAAGUUAGGCCACAAAAAGACCAAGCUUUGAACUGUCCAAGGUGUAAUUCAACAAACACAAAGUUUUGUUACUACAAUAACUAUAGUCUUUCUCAGCCAAGGUAUUUUUGCAAGACUUGUAGAAGAUAUUGGACUGCUGGUGGAUCUCUUAGAAAUAUUCCUGUUGGUGGUGGUUCAAGAAAAAACAAGAAAUCUUCCUCUAAUUCUUCCUCCUAUUCAAAUCAUGUUAAUAAUCCUUUGAAAAAACUUCCUGAUUUGAUUAAUCCACCAUCUCAUAAUCAUGAUCAAAACCCUAGUAAGAUCCAUAUUGAAGGGAGCCAAGAUCUUAACUUGGGUUUUUCAUCCGAUUUCAAGACUAUCACUGAGCUAAUUCAGGUACCAAAUUAUGAUGCAAGCAACAAGGACAACAACAGUCCAAGUAUUUCACCUUUGCCUCCUCCUCCAUCUUCUUCUUCUUCUGCGUCUUCGUCAUCUCAGCUUUCAGCUUUGGAAUUAAUUAAUGGGAUUACAUCAAGAGGGAUGAAUAAUAAUUCAUUUAUGUCAAUGGCCAAUAUUUCUGAUCCAAAUUCAGUUUAUAAUAACUCAUCUGGAUUUUCUUUGCCAUCUCUAAAUUUCUCAUUGGAUCAUGGACUUGGAAAUGCAGCCUAUGGAAAUAAUCUCCAAGAGACAAAUACAAGUGGAAGGUUUUUGUUUCCUUUUGUAGGUUUAAAACAAAUUUCAACCACAAAUACUACAAAUGAUGGUGCUAAUGAGAAUAAUAGAGAUCAUCAUCAGCCUGCUGGAGAAUCUACUAAUGGAUUUUGGAAUGGGAUGUUAGGAGGAGGAGGAUCUUG